AUGAAGUCGGGUAUCUUUUUCCUUAUAUUUUGCCAUUAGUAUCCGAAAAGGCGUUAGAAGUGCCGGCAAGGCGUUUAGCAGGUUCCGAGCAAGGCGUUAGGCUUAAGAGUUGUUUUGACCGCUUCCAUGUCCGCGUGUGUGGCCGUCGAUACGACCGCCUGCACGUCCACCGAAGGCCUGCGGACGUAUUACGGCUCGGAAAUGACCACAGAAAUGGCCGACUUUCAUGAUAUGUGGCAAGAUAUUGAAAGUGUUUUGCUGGGAGAUUUGACUCUAACGACGUCAUCAAACUACACGGAUAUUCGCCCGGUUUCCUCCAAUCAGAGUUCUUUUACACCAAUGACGGAUGACAGCGGGGGUGGUAGUUUAUCGUCCAUUCACUUGCCAAGCCCGGGCAACAACAGUGGACAACGUCGUUGUCCUCAAUACAGCCAACCACUGUCGCCAAACUUUUCAUCUCAAACGCAACCCUUUCACCAGAUUCAUCAGGCUCAAAAGAGAAUGGGUGACGCCAACACAUUACGCCUGGACAGGGACCUGGGCUUAGUUUACGAUUCUUCGCCAAAGACUUUGUACAGUGAAGAGCCAUCGAACAUUUUACCAAGUACUUCGAAGUAUGAUCUGGGUUUGAUGGGUAAUACCCCCAUCGAACACCACACUCCGGAACAAGUCGCGAUGUUUGGUGCUCAAGAUUACCAGACGGCGUCGAACCAACAACUCAGAUACGGGUCUUCCAUUGUGGACAUUAAACCUGACGUGAUGGCAAACAGUGGUUUUUUCAAUAAUCCUUCGAAUAAUACCGUGGGCAGCAAUAAUUACCUGAUGCCGUCGUGGAACAAUUACUCCUCACCCGUUUUAGCUAGUCAUUCUUCGCCUCCGACAACCCCUGAUAGCAACGUCAUGAGAUACCAACAGAACCAGUAUGACGCUUACUUCAAUAACGCUCAAAUGCAGAGGAUACAGUCGGGACGUUCUAAUAGCAUGCCCAAUAAUCACACUUUGCAAUCCCCAUUUUCAACGUCUUUCACCCCACAAGGAAGGAUGGUCACCCCACCAACGUCACCUCACCUCAUGGACUUGCUUUCAGGUCGCGGAGGAACCACGGGGAUGACCGUGCUACCGAAUUCGGUUGGAGUAGGAAUCGAACAAACUUUAGGUGCUGGCGUUGUACCACAACCUCCACCACCCACUAAACCCAGAAGAGGUAGAAGGUCCAGAGGACCUAAGAAGGUGACCAUACACACCUGUUCGUACCCGGGUUGUUCCAAGACUUAUUCGAAAAGUUCUCACUUAAAAGCUCACUUAAGAACUCACACGGGCGAGAAGCCUUAUCAGUGUAAUUGGAAAGGGUGCGGUUGGAAAUUUGCGAGGUCUGACGAACUGACGAGACAUUACAGGAAACACACGGGCGACAGACCUUUCCAGUGCAGGUUGUGCGAGAGGGCAUUUUCUAGAUCAGAUCAUCUAUCACUGCAUAUGAAAAGACACUCUGAAAUUGUAUGAUUUGAAGUAGACACUAUAAGAGUAUUUAAAAAAAAAUAUAAAAAGGUGGAGGUCUUUGCUGAAUUUUCCUCAUUUCUUUGAAUUUCUCUCUUUUUCCCCCUCUUAAAAUUUGGCUUACAACAACAUAUCGAUUUUUUGCUGCAAGGCCGUCGCCAAAUGAUUUCUGAAUACUUUGUUGGCACCGAAGUAUGUAGGUAUAUUGAUGGAAUAUUCAAAGGAAUAGAAAAAAAAAUCUUCUCUCUACCUCAAGUCUUCCAGCAUAUCCAAACUUUUCGAAAAAAAACAAAAAAAACACAGCAAUUCGAAUGUUUUUGAAGAAAAUAUUUAUAAAUGUUUAUAGUGAUGUUCCAAUAUAAUUUUUACUGUAAUUAGUACAAGUUCAUCAACUUUAAUUUUGAAUGAUGUGAUAAUUAACGUAUUUAUUUUAUUUUUUGAAUGGAUUAUUAUUCUUAGUUAAAAUGUUUUAAUUUUCUGUAUGGACAUUUAGCAGCUGGAAAUUUGUUAGUAAAGGAAAUAUAAAAAAAUUAAAAAUUGUGGUUUUUGUAGUUUCUAAAAAGUAAUAAUUUGAUGGGAGAAUAGAAUUUGUAUUCAUUUUAGCAAAUUGGCGAACUGUUAAGAGUGUCAGAUAAACUAAUUAAAAUUAUAAUAAAAAAUAUUAUAUUGUUAUCAAAAUGGUGAUUUUUUUAAACCACAAUGCAUAAUCUGAAUUGGGGUUGCUUGUAAUCAAUUACAUUUCGGCCUAACUCUGGGACUUUUCUAAAUAUAUCAAACCAGCUAUUUUUAAGCGUUGUAUAAAACCUAAACACUAUGUAUGACUUUUUAUUUUAAUUUUUUUUUUCAAGUGCAAUGCCAUUCACUUGUUGUUUAUACGAAAUAUAUGUCAAUCCUUGUUUUCCUUUCACAAUGUUCUAUUAAAAAUCUGUACAUUUUUCACCAUUUUAACUUGAUUUUGCAGCCACUUUUAAUGGUUUUCUCUUUAACAAGAUAUUCUAACUUAAUACUUUUUUGAAGGCAGAAGAAAUAUAUACCAUAAAUCAAAACUUUAUGAUUCGGAAUGAAUUGAAAAGUUUAAUUGAAGUAAUUUGAAAUUAUACCUUUGUUAGUGUUUAACUUAUUUUUUUGAUAGUGUUUACUCGAUAUUUGAUAAUGUUUAACUCGGCGUCCACUUGAUGUUUAACGCUUGCGAGGGCCGUAUUUCACCGGCAUCUGUGUGCACGCUCGCCGAACUUAGACGGCAUCUACGUGAUGACUUGGGUGCACGAGCUCCGUAUUACGUAGAGUCGUAUUUAUGAGCGUCGUACCGACAUUAGCGUUAUGCUAUUUGAUAACCUUUAAUACCAUAAAAAGUAUAUUUGGAAUGAUGCGCUUAAUAUAUCUUGUAAGUUGAUUGCAUUUUUAUUUAUAAUGCUUGCAAACUCAUCGAUUAUGUAAGACUUAAAUAAGAAAAUCUGUACAU